AUGCCACUGCUUCAGCCACAGCCAGAGAAGCCCAGCCAUCUGUCCCCUGUCUGCCCUGAGAUCCGGGGCGUCCACCUAUUCUGCACACUGGCUCGAGUUAGUCCCAAGAGUGUUCCCUGGGCCGCCCUGACGCUGUUGCUGCUGCUGCUGCUGCCGCCGGCGCUGCUGUCGCUUGGGGUGGACGCACAGCCUCUGCCCGACUGCUGUCGCCAGAAGACGUGCUCCUGCCGUCUCUAUGAACUGUUGCACGGCGCUGGCAACCACGCUGCCGGCAUCCUGACUCUGGGAAAGCGGCGGCCUGGACCUCCAGGCCUUCAGGGACGCCUGCAGCGCCUCCUGCAGGCCAACGGCAACCACGCAGCAGGCAUCCUGACCAUGGGCCGGCGCGCAGGCGCAGAGCUAGAGCCACGACCCUGCCCUGGUCGCCGCUGUCUGACCGCAACAGCCACCGCUCUAGCGCCCAGGGACGGGUCCGGAGUCUGAACCCAUCUUCAGUCCCUGUCCUGGUCCUAACUUCUCCCCUCUGCUCUCCAGUGUCAGUCUGUAGGAAAACGGCAAUAAAGACGAGUCUUUGUUGGUGUGG